AUGGUGUUUCGUGAACCUACCGUUUUCGGAGUCCAAAACUUCAACGCGGCGGAGGACGCGGCCGCUUUGCGGGCUGCUAUGAAAGGCUUUGGGACCGACGAACAGGCCAUCAUCGAAAUAUUAACCACUCGCUCCAAUGAGCAGCGUCAGGCCAUUUCACAAGCUUUCACACACGAAUAUGGAAGGGACAUCAUCGAAGAUCUGAAGUCCGAAUUGGGCGGACACUUCGAAGACGUGAUAGUUGCUCUGAUGAUGCCCCCUGAAGAGUACCUGUGCAAGGAACUGCACAAGUGCAUGGAUGGCUUGGGCACUGACGAAGCUACCCUCGUGGAGAUACUGUGCACGAGGACCAAGCAAGAGAUUGCCGCCAUCGUUGAAGCUUACGAGAGAAUGUACGACCGUCCGCUGGCUGAACACAUGUGCUCGGAGACAUCCGGCGACUUCCGUCGCCUGCUCACCCUCAUUGUCACUUCUUCGAUCCGUCAGGGCGCGCGGGACGAGGAGGCCGGCGUCAACGUGGCGAAGGCUCGUGUGGACGCGCAGGCGUUGUUCGACGCUGGUGAGGCCAAGUGGGGAACUGACGAGGAAGUCUUCAAUAGAAUCAUGGCCCACGAAAGCUUUGCUCAGUUGCGUCUGAUUUUCGAAGAGUACAAGGGGAUCUCUGGACGUACCGUCGAGCAAGCCAUCAAGGCGGAGAUCGACGGAGAGCUGAAGGAUGGACUCUCAGCUAUAGUUGAAUGUGUGGAGUCAGCGCCAGCCUGGUUCGCUACCCGUCUGCGGAUCGCAAUGCAGGGCCUCGGCACAGACGACAGGACCCUCAUACGUAUCAUCGUCAGCCGCUCCGAGAUAGACCUUGCAGCAAUCAAGAGAGAAUACGAGAGAUUAUAUGAUAAGACCCUGGAAAGCGAAAUCAGGCGUCUAAGGGAUGCCAUGCAAGGUGCUGGCACCGAAGAUAUGACCCUGGUCAGGAUCAUAACUACCCGCUCUGAGAUCGACCUGGGCCGUAUCAAGGCCGAAUAUGAGAACCUGUUUAAUAAGACAUUAGAGAGUGACUUGAAGGGCGAGACGUCCGGCGACUACAAGCGCGCGCUCGUGGCUCUGCUCGGGCCGGCCUAA